UGAGGCUCAGUCUCCAAUCGGACGUUGCUCGGUGCACAGUUUUUGCCUGCAAAUCGCAAAAUAAAAACGUAAGGUGACAGUUGACCAAACGGAAUAUUGAUUCCAUAGUAAAUACUUUUUGGUGAUUAUUUGAGUCAGUUUGCAUUGGUGAAAAAAUUAAGAUAAAUUUCAAUAAGACUUUGCGGCUGAAGUGUGAAACUCACUUUGUAUAUAAAUAUUCAUACAUACGAAGCUAUUCAUCAAUCAAGCAUACUCAGUGUCUGAUAAAAGUUAUUCAAAAUGCCGGAACUAACACCAGUGCAGGAAUAUUACAAAGGCAAGACCAUAUUCAUAACGGGCGCCUCCGGAUUUAUGGGCAAAGUUUUGGUCGAAAAAUUGUUGUACUCAUGCUCCGCGCUGAAAGAGGUCAUCAUUAUUGUACGUCCAAAGCGCGGAAAGAGCCCAGAAGUGCGUUUGGAGGAAAUGUUCAAAUUACCGAUUUUUCAGCGUAUACGUGAGGAGAAACCGGAAGUGUUGAAGAAGGUCACCAGUUUCAAUGGUGAUGUUACUUAUGAAAAUCUCGGACUUAGUGGUGAAAAUUUGAAAUAUGUCAUUGACAAUACAAAUAUCGUUUUCCAUAUGGCGGCCACGCUUAAAUUGGAAGGUAAUCUCAAGGAUGCUAUCGAUAUGAAUACAACUGGUACUCGACGCGCACUCGAUAUUGCCAAACAAAUGAAGGGACUUGAGGCAUUUGUGCAUAUUUCCACAGCCUUCUGUAACUGUGAUCAGGAGGUUAUGUACGAGAAGGUCUACGAAUAUCCACACAAGCCAGAGGAUCUUAUGCGCAUGGUCGAAUGGAUGGAUAUUAAGACACUGGAUUCCAUUACACCGGAAUUGCUUAAGCCACAUCCAAAUACAUAUACAUAUUCGAAGCGUUUAGCUGAGAUUUUGGUGCGUGAUCAUUAUGAAACUAUGCCGGUGAUUAUAGCGCGUCCUAGUAUCGUAUCGCCAUCGGCGUAUGAACCUGUUCCCGGUUGGGUAGACAACUUGAAUGGCCCUACUGGGCUCUUAGUGGGCGCCGGCAAAGGUGUUAUUCGAUCUAUGCUCAUCGAUACGCGUUUCAAAUCCGAAGUCAUACCGGUAGAUUAUGCCAUCAAUGGACUGAUCGUUAUGCCCUACGAGUUUAAUAAGCAACCAGUACGUCCGGCCUCGGUACCCGUUUACAACAUCACCGCAGCCGAACAUCGAAAAAUGCAAUGGGGCGAGGCAAUCGAAAUGGGUAAAAAGAUUGGUUAUGAAUAUCCAAUGGAGUUGUGCUUGUGGUAUCCGGAUGGUUGUAUUACAACAAACCGAUUGCAUCAUCAAAUCAACGUUAUACUUUUCCACUGGUUGCCGGCAUAUUUUAUUGAUUUCAUAUUAUUCCUCUUGGGACAGAAGCGAUUUAUGAUACGCGUACAACGUCGUAUACAGAUAGGUCUUAGUGUGCUACAAUUUUUCUCGAUGCGUUCGUGGGUGUUUAAGUCGCCAGGUUUCGAUGGGCUCUGGAAGGGGCUGACGCCGGAGGAUAAGAUAAAUUUCAACAUGGACAUGGAUCCCAAGGAGUCUAUAGAAGAGUAUAUGCUUUCGUGUCUACAUGGCGGACGUCUUUAUUUAAUGAAAGAAACGCCCGAGUCACUGCCACGCGCUCGACGCAAUCUUAAAAUACUCUAUUUUUUGGAUCGCUUCUGCAAGACGGUGAUAAUCGUUAUGUUGGCCUAUUGGCUUUAUAAUCGGAUUGCAUCUUUUAUCAGCGCUUAACGACACACAUACAUAUAUAUGUAUGUCCAAGUCUAAUAGAAAAGUUCAAGUGAGAUUAGCAGAAUGAAAGAAGAGCUGGACAUGGAGAGAAGCUGAAUAAAUAAUUUUUUUUUCUAUAACGUUUGCAGCGCUGAAUUUUGAAUUUAUUGCUUCAAUAUGCUUUAUAUGCACAAAGUGUACCUAACGGUUAUGAAUUUUAUAUUUGUAUAUUUCUAGGCUACAACAUUUAGAUUUAAGUAACACAAUCGCGCAAUCCAUAUAUGUAUGUGCAUACAUACUAAGUACACUUACAAUAUUUGUGCGGUGUUUUUUAUUUGAUCAAAAUAAAUAUGCAUAUUUUUAUGCACCAAAAUCUUUGUGGAAUUUUUACACUCAAAAUUGUUUUCUUCACAUUUUAUUAUUAGCAAUAUAUAGUUUGACAAUAAAUAUGCAGUGAGUGCAAUUUGUCUUAUAAGUCUGGGUUUUAAAAGAAUGUUCCUAUAAUGACAUUUCUGGAGAAUGGUGUCUUUGUAGCGAUCGUACUUAGGCGUUUUAAGAGCUUUAGUCUCUGACAUAAUUUACAUUUAUAUUGGAGCAAGAAAAGGCAGAGGCAGGCAUGUUUGCAGUCCAGGCUACACCGUCAUAUAUCUGCAAUCUGCGCACCACGCUUGACUUGAGCACCCAUGUUUGCCGCAUUGACUCCGAAACAUUGGCGACACUCCCUAAACUGACCCAUAUCCUUUUCAUCUCCACCUUUUAUGUAAGGCUAAGCUUAGACGUAGGGUUAAGCAACCAAAACAUAUUUCCAAGGUACUUAGCCGAAUAACAGUUUGAUAGAAGUCGAGUCUGAGACACUCUUCUCUCUAAGUGUGAAGCGCAGAUUUUUAAGUAUUUACCCAGAUGUUCCAGUUAGUAAUACAGAGGAUGUCGGCAAUUUUUGUUGUAUUUAUAGCAGCUUUGUUAAUGGAGAUGAAAUCUGAAAUAUAGCAGUGUCGUCGGUAUAAGUGACCACUGUCACAUAGCUGUUUUCAAAGGAAAAAUUACGCUAAACUCUAACUUUUACCCACGAAUCAGUCUGACAUUGAAUACUAACAUGGGGAAGUGUAAGAUCUGAGAAAAUUUAUGGCGUGGGGAACAGCUUCUUGCCAAUGAAAUGUCAACUUGACAAACUUUUUCCCUCCAAACUGUUUAAUAUCGUUUAUUUUCUACUCAUUUUUGAGAGAUUUGAGCGUUAGUACCGUUACUAUUUUAGCUCAUUUCCACUACGUCGUGUGAGG